AAGAGUACUAUAGAGAAAAAUAGACCACUAUCUACUCCCAAUCUUCCCUUCUUCUUCUUCUUCAUCUAGAGAGAGAAAGUGUUUUUAGAGAGAGAAAGCAACUAAUUAAAGCAAUGGGAAACUGUCAAGCAGUAGAUGCAGCUGCAUUAGUAAUCCAACAUCCAUCAGGAAAGAUCGAAAGAAUGUAUUGGUCUGUAACUGCAAGUGAAAUCAUGAAAAUGAAUCCAGGACAUUACGUUUCAAUCAUAAUUCCAUUACCACCUGUUCCAAAAGAUGGUGAUGAUGAUCAUCAUCAAGAAGAUGAUAAAAAAACCAUUCGGUUUACACGUGUCAAGCUUCUUCGACCUACCGACACUCUUGUUCUUGGUCGAGCUUAUCGCCUUGUAACCACUCAUGAGGUUAUGAAGGUUGUAAGAGCAAAACGACAUGCAAAGUUGAAGAACAAGACCAACACCAACCCGCCGGAAUCAAUGGCGGAUAAUCAAAGUUCAACGGCGGCGGAUGAUCAUACAGUUACAAACCAGGUGGAGGUCGGACAUGAAAGAAUGUUCAGACAAAGGUCGGGAUCAUCGUCGUCAAUAUUUGCAUCUUCGAGAUCAAAAUCAUGGCGACCUUCUUUGAAGAGUAUCUCAGAAGCUGCUAGUUGAUGAUGAUGCUUUGUGAAGCUCAAUUUUUUUGUCGAUUGAAGAAACUGGUUUGAAAAUUCAAGAAGCUUAAAGAGUGGAUCAUCCAGAUCAAAUAUGCAUAUGUAAAUUCAAAAAAAAGAAAAAAAAAAGGAAUUGGACUAACAAUUUGAUUCAUGAAAUGUAUAUUAUUUUUUUGAAUACAUGUUAAAAUUGAGCUCAAAUUUGCUUCGUUUCCGUGUUCUUUAACGAUUGAAAUGUAUAUUAUUUUUUCAAUCAUUUUAAAUAAUAGUUUCCGGACAUAUUUUAGUUUA